UUGGUUUCUCUAAAUUUCAUCCGCCUUUGUACCUUUUUCCGAUUCAAUUCGAUAAUUCAUUACUAUGUCAAAAAUGCCCCACCUUGAAGCACGGCCGCUAGUAUCAAAUGUGCUCCGAAACAGAAAACAUGUGCUGUAUCUGGUCAACUCUCUUUGCUGCAUUUUUCGUUGUCUACAACAUUCCGUUAGCAGCCGGACAAUCUACAGAUAAGUUUACUGACAUUGAACUAGGUCUUGACUAUCAGAAGUUGCUAGCGAAAUUAGAAAUUUUAGACACAAAAAUCAGUCGAGUGGAAACGGCAUCUAAAGAACAAUUCUCUCUGCUGGAAUCGAAGCUAGAUAAAAUUUUCAAGCAAGCUGAAACUAUAGGCUGGUCAGUGCAGUCAGUGCAGAAGGACGUCGAAUAUGUUCAAAAGGAAAUCCAACAUUUCAAAAACUAUUCACGCGAACAGCUAAACUCGUUGAAUAGCAGUACUACGAUAAUUCAUUCAAUACUGAUGGAAGGUCGCCAGCAGAAAGGUGAAUCAUAUCCUGUAAAAGAAGAGUCACCGUUGCGUAGAGAGGCUCCAUACGGUAACAUAGCAUAUGACAGUUGUGAUGUGACAGCAAAAAAUAGUUCUAAAAUUGUGGAUCUAUUACCAGAACCAGGAUUUGGUUCAAUUUUUUCGGUACUUUGCGAUCAAGAGUAUGAGCAAGGAGGGUGGAUAGUAGUUCAAAAUCGUUUCAACGGUUCAGUGGAUUUCUAUCGCGGGUGGAAAGAAUACCGCAACGGCUUUGGAAAUUUAAAUGGAGAAUUUUGGCUUGGCUUAGAUAAGCUGCAUUCUUUAACAUAUGCUGCUCCUUAUGAACUGCAUGUGUUGUUGGAAGAUUUUGAAAACAAAACAGUAGUCGCCAAAUACUCCAGAUUUGCAAUUGGAAAUGAAAAUGAAUCCUAUGCUUUAACAAAAUUAGGUGAAUACAGUGGAAACGCAGGCGAUGGAUUGAACUAUCAUCGGGAUGCUAGGUUCUCCACAAUGGAUAUGAACCAUGACUUACCGGGGAAUAACGGAGCGAUCGACUGGACCGGAGGGUGGUGGUAUCGGCGAGGCCAUCAUAGCAAUCUGAAUGGACAGUAUUUAAAAGGAGCCGUCGAUAAUACUAAAUACCACGGAAAAGGCAUGACAUGGAACCCGUUUCGCGGAUACGACUAUUCUUUGAAGGGAUCACGUAUGAUGAUCAAACGAAUCAUACAGUAAAGGGCUGUUUCUGUUGUGUUUCAAGCUACAAAAUUUCCAGUUAGAAAACAUUUAUAAAGUUAUACACAUUAUACAAUAAUUCAAUGUAAUUAAUCAUAUUUAAAAUUUGCACGAAAAAUUAAAUUUGAAGUUACUGUUCUAAUAGUUACAGUUCAGCAACGAGCUUCAGUUUUUCGGUAUGUUUAUAUAAUAACAUAUUUCAGUUUCGCCGAGUUGCUCGCCUCAAAAUGGAAACAGAAUAAUUGAAUUUUUUUUUAAACAUACGUUGAAUUUGUUUGGCACAUAACAUUGAUUUUUAAAUUAUCUGGUGUAAUUAGAAACCUUUCAUUCAGACUCAAUUGUAAAACAAUGUGACUGUCAUUGCUCAAAUAAAUAUUCUAAAAGUGUAACGCAAUCACAAUACAAAUUGACUGUACACGUGAUCGAAAACAGAAAGUGAAAACAAUUUGUCAGGGAUCAUAUUUAUAUGGGAGAAAUCUAAUAAUGUAGCCAGCAUCUAUCGAAAGUUGGCAUAAAACACUCUCAUUAGAGACAUUCCAUUCUCAAACAGCGGAAAUUACCAAUAGUGCAACAGUAAAUAUUUCUAAAUAGUCUCCUUUAAAGGCACAGAUACAUACAGCAUAUUUCACGAGAUCUAGGCAAUAACAUAAGCAGCCAACACUCUCAUUCGAUACACGUCAAAACAUACACGGUUCCCUUUUUCGGUAGCAAGCAUUAACCUACAUUUGUGUAGCCAAAACUAAGAGCCAACAUUGGCGAAUGGAAGACCGCUCCUCGAACAUCGAGCUUCAAUGAAUUGGAUGACAAGGGCAAUAUGUGAAGUUCAAGUUUUCGAAGGGCGCUUUUUUCAAGUGUAACAAAACUGAAAAAUUAGAUUAAAAUAUUUUACUUCAUUAAAUUAAAAUGUUUCGACUGAUUGAAAUUUUUACAUAA